GAGAUGGCCAUCUCCCGGCUUGGCAAAGACUCGAUACCGAUCUCAUCAUCGUACAGGAUAUGUGGUAAGAAGGAACCCUACAGCGAUCUUCUUAGCCUGCACUUUGCUGGCCCCGAUCCUUUUACAAGGGGUUCUUUCUGCAGCUUCGGUUUCCUUUCCCUCUCGUUUUAUCAUCUAAGAUCUCCGCUGUUCUUUUUCUCCUCCCCCUCCAAACAUACCCUUGAUUUCAACACACUUAAUCGAUCCUGGUCCCAUCCACUUCUAAGCUACAUAAUUGGACGCGUUCAAAUAUUUGCCUACACGUUAACCACAAGUGAGAGGGCUUCGAGAAAAGAGUCCAAGGAAUUUGAUCCAAUAUGCCCGCGAGACCACACGUGGCGUGCAGAUAGUACCUAGGUAUUGCUCGCAAUGGUGCGAACAAUAUCAAAUCGACUGCUUCCGCUCGCUGUUCGUUACAUCUCUGUACUAUUCACCGCCGUACUGGUUUACUACGUCAUCCGCGAGCCAGUUUCCAUAGCUAUCCGAGGUAUCCCAUUCCCACAGAAAUCAGAAUCCAGUACAUCCAGUGACCAGGAUGGGCGUAUCGACGCCGGCGAGAGCGCCAAGCUCGGAGGGCCAUUGGUAAAUUCGGCUACCGUUGUUCUAGACCUCCACAACGAGGACACCCAAGGACCCAGGAGGGAACCGGACGAGAAAGUUAAAUAUGUUAAGAAAUACAAACCGGACUCCCCCCCACCCUCUCCUAUCGAGGAUCACUUUCCACUGCUAACACACUCUACUAUACUCCCAUCGGUCUUGGAGAAUAACCUGCCGCCUAAUCCGCACGUAGAAGAAGCCACGCCGUUGCUAAUAGGCUUCACAAGGAAUUGGCCGCUGCUGCUACAGUGCGUGAGUAGCUAUAUUGCAGCUGGGUGGCCGCCGCAGGAUAUAUAUGUGGUGGAGAACACUGGUGUAUUCCGCGCGAACCGGCGAGGAGAGCUGGGGUUGCAGAACCCGUUCUUCCUGAACCAUACAGCUCUGGGGAUUCUGGGGAUCAAUGUGAUCACAGCACCGACACUGCUCAGCUUUUCGCAGCUGCAGAACUUUUACUUGCACACGGCGCUGGAACGCGACUGGCCUUUCUUCUUCUGGAGCCAUCAGGAUGUACUCGUCCUCAGCGACGAGGACGUGAAGAAGAACGAUCGAGACCACGACUGGGAUCACGAUCCGUACGCCACCAUAUACGAGCGCUGUGUCGGCCUCCUGCGCUACCUUAAUGGUCCUGAUAUGGCCCCAUGGGCCACCCACUUUUUUGCCUUCGACCACCUCACCCUCGUCAACCGCGACGCCUACCUCGAGGUCGGCGCCUGGGACACCCAUAUUCCCUACUACGCCUCCGACUGUGAUAUGUAUCUUCGCCUGCACUGGGCAGGAUACUGGCAACCGCAAAGCAAAGCCGGCCUUGUUUUUGAUGUAAACACUGUUCUCGACGAUAUCGCAUCUCUGUUCCGCGUUCCUGGCGCGCGCGCCACUUUUCAGGAGGAUCCGAUCUAUGCAGGCAAUCAUCACAGCGGUGACGAUGACAACAUCGGUUUGGAAUCUCCCCACCACGAGGCCGAGCUGAAACGCGAGGAGGAGAUGUGGUCGUGGGUGGACAAGGAAGGGGAAACGUUUGCGCACCUCGUGGAGGUGGCAACGCGCAUGCAGGAAUUCAAGUUAGCGGACGAGGGCGUGAGACGAAAUACAUGGCACGGGAGGCAGGCGGGUGGGAUGGACGAUCCAUUCUACCGUGACGCCGACGGAUUUGCUAGAGGGCUCGAAAUGCUCAUCGAUGUCGGGCGGCGCGUUUUUGCGGACAAGUGGGGGCACCGAGGGUGCGAUUUACUCAAGCUGGGUAUUGAAGGCCGCGACGCAUGGCGUCUGGAACGCGAUUGGGAUAUUGAAAUCGAAGGACCUGGUAGUGUUGGAGGAAGCUGGGGAGAAGACUGGAUGAUGGACAACGAUGGACGGUCGACAAUCAAUUAGAGGCGGCGGGGAUGUGUGGCGCUCUUGUGAAUGAAAGCACCUACGGGCAAUAUCCAUACAGCACUUUAGGAGCGGUAUCGGGAUUUAAACGAGGAAUGAGACCAUAUAAAACUAUGUAACCUUGUAGUUCAUGCGUGUAUUAAUGACUGCGAUACCCAUCAAUCUUAUUUAUA